GCCAUGUUUCCUCCCGUUGAGCAAAAGAUGCUGCAGAGCAACCCGGACUUUGCCAAGCUCUAUCGGGUCAUCACCACGGCCAUUCUGAACCCGGAUGGCUCGACGAGAGAGGAUGCCGAGGCCAAGGAUCGAGCCGCGGUGCAAAAGGGCCUGGACAAGCAUCGCCACAAGGCAGCAAGGCACUACCUCCUAGAGCGCGCCAUCGCAACCGCCACGCCUCCCGAGCCGAAGUCCUCGUCAUCGUCGUCGUCGUCGGCAUCCACACGCCUCUCACGAGCCAGCGAGCGUCUCCAGCAGCGCCAAGCCCAGUCCUCGGCCGAGGCCACGCCAGAAGCCCUCCUCGACCUCCUCCUCAUCCUCCCGCCCUUCCUCGACGCCGUGGACGCGCUCCCCGCCGACUCCCUCGCCCUCCUGCUGUCCAGCCCGCCGCUCUCCGACUUCGAAGCCCUCCUGCCCGACCUCGCCGACCUGGUCGCGUCCGGCCUGCACGCCUCCGCCCUCGGGCUCGCCCGCCUCGCCCACCCGGCCGUGAACCCGUCCUACCUCCACCGCCACGUCGCCUCCCUGCCCAAGGACUUUGCGGCGCUCAACGCGAGCCUGGCCGCCGCCGAGGAGAACCUGAAAGCGGCCCGCAUACGCACCGUCGCGUCCCUGACCAACCUGCUCCGGAUCCUGUCCGAGUGCCUCACCUGCCUCGUGCGCUCCCUCGAGGCCAAGCACGGCGUCAUCGCCCGCAGCCUCGAGCUCCGCGCCUCCGACGUCUCGCUCGAGGCGCAGCGCGCCGAGAAGCAGGCCGAGCAGGCCAUGUGGAGGCUCAGGAAGGAGGUGUACACGCCCGAGAGCACGGCCGCGCUGCAGCGCUACGUGGCCCACCUCAGGGAUGCGAAUGCGCGGAUUGAGGCGAGGGCGCGCAAGUUGCAGGCUGAUCUCGAUGCGCACGAUGGGCAUUACACCCAGGGUCACGACGCGGUGCAUGAUGAUGAUGAAAGGGGGAGAAGAGCAUCGAGAGACGCUGGCGUGGCGUACGCCGACGAUGCGCACAGGGAUAUGGACCGAUUA